AUGUCUCACCACCAGUCAGCCUGGACCGCGAAUCGGUUCGGAUCUCGGCCAGGCCACCCUACCGAUCCGCACCGUCACCACUGGAACGCCAUCCAAGACUCUCUUCACCCCAUCUACCCGCGCCCUCGUUCCAACGUUCAGCUCGACUAUCUCGACGAAAUUAUGCCUACGCCGCGACUGAAAGAUCACGUUGACACCUUUUUUGGACCGGUCAGUGACGGUGGAAGUACGAACAAAGACGCCCACUUUACCCCCGUCCACCUACACGCCUCCCACCACGCCGACCUCUUCGACGACUUCACGCGCGACCGCCUCCCCGCCUCGGAAGACAUCUACGUGCCUCCGCACCUCCAGCCUCUCAACCCCGAAGACGAAGAUGACGUGGUGCCUGACCAACACGCUGCGUUUGGCAUCCAAAAGGCUACACAAAAGACGCGCGAGCCGGCCUGGAGGGAUUUGGGACUGGAGGAGCUGAUGCAGCAGGGUCCUGGGGCGCCGGGGGCCGGGUUGGGAUUAGGGAAUGGCGGAGUGGGUGGUGGGAGCACGGCGGGGGUUGCGGGGGGUGGAGGACCAGGGGCGGGGAAUGGAGGGAGGAGUAGAGUGGCUAGGAAGAAGAUGAGGGCCGGUGAGCAUGGGGGUUUGCCGAGGUGAAAAGUAAUGUCGAAGUGGAAGGAGGGAUGGCGAUGAUGAUCAUGAUGAUGAGCCAUACGGACUGCGUUGGGACACGGCGGCUGAAGAAGGUAUCGUCAUGGAAUGCGCAGAAGAACGAUGACGGCGGCGGCGACGCGACAUAGCGCUGGCGAGCGGACAGCUACGGAACAUUUGCGGUUAUAGCAUGGGCAGGAGUUCGAGUUUCCCGUUUGCGACGCGGUGACGGAGCGCAACGCAUGGAGUUGGAAGGCUCAUUACUAUAUGGGUCAACUUGACGGGCCCUGGAUCACAGAACAAGGGAUAACAUCACAACAGACGGCAUGUUGGAAGCGGCGUAUGGCGGCAUAGCUAGGACGGCGCAAGAUUGUUUAUCAGAGAUAUCCCAUGGGUUUUUGCUGUUAGAAUUGUGUACCCGAAACAACAUAACUUCUCUUUCCAACGCCAACGUGGUUUCUUGAGUCCCGCCGUGAGAGAUAACCAUGCUGUUGCUCGAAUAAUGCGCCUCAGUUAAUAACCGGCCUUGAUUUGACCUGUGCUAAUAAUCUUCAC